AUGUGGGGGAAAGUGUCCUUUCACCGGAACCGCAAGCCAACUGCUAGUGAAGAUUCUUCACCACCGGAUACUCAAGUAUUCCAGCCGUCCGCUCAACCAGCCGCCCACAAUCGAGAGCACUCGACAAAAGCGCUACCUGCUCUGCCCUCUGGCCCUCCCGAUCUGCACAUCAACCCUCAUCAGCCGGUGUCAACCCCGCGGGUGGCUUCCUCAGUAUAUUCAAGAGACACUGCUGUCUUUGACCAUCUCCGACAGCGCUCGAUUAGCGACAACUACCGUCUAUCUCCGCAGUACAACUCAGCAGACCCGGUUUAUGCCCACACUCAAAGGAAGAAAAGUGUUGACAUCUCUCCUCCCGACUCCCCGAUAACGCUUAUUCGGAGCCGAAGCAGCUCUCGAGUCUCACCCAUUGAAGAUGAGCCGGCGCGAAUCGCAGACGCGUUUGGCAGCAAACAAGUAGAGGGCAAACUUGCAAGCCAUAUACCAAUUUUGAGAAAGCGAGUCGACUCGCAUUCUGAGCGCCUACAGCAGACGGAGCCAUUGCCUAAAGUUACCAGAUGGAGUGACUUUUCCGGGGAACCAACUACAAGUGGCCGGGGUAGAAUUAGCCAGGUUAAUCCCAGCAGCGUCUCUUUUGAGACACACGUGUCGGCCGCACCUCCGUCAUCCCAUGGCUCGAAGAUCCUCGGCUGGGGCAAGGAGCAACUUGCUUCGAGGAGGAAAGCAUCCGAAGACGGCCACAGGUUUUACAGGGGCAAUAAUGAAAACGUCCCGCCUGCUCCCCGCGAACCCUGGAAGGGACCCAGUGGUCGGGGCCCGAUCAUAACUCCAAUUCAGGAGAAGCCAAGAAACAGAUCAUCAUCCCGCCUACAUUUGUCUCGAAGCAACGAUAGGCUCAGGGAGAUGAACACUCCAUCUCCUAUUGCUGGAAUAAUCCCGCCUUCAACAGUAAUAACGACCAUCACCGCUGGCGAGGACACCCACCAGGAGCCAAAUACGUAUGACGCACCUGAGGCUGAAGACAACGCUAGUGCUGUCAGCAAUGCCCCGCCACGCGUCGAUCUCGGCUCCGGACCUGAGCUGAACGUUGGACUGGCUGACUUAAGACUGGCUGAGGAUGACGUGAACGCACCUACAAGCCGCUUCAGUGUGACUACUUAUGAUCCCACCGAAGUUGGAAGCCUGACUCCUAGUCCAAGGGAUAGUAUAAGCCCAAGUCCACCGCCAAGCAUCAUCGAAACAGCGUCCCAAUCUUCCGAAUACACACGAUCAAUCAUGUCUCGAGCACGCCCAGUUCCCAGUGCUAUCGCGCCUGGCAAGCGACCUACCCGGAAACCAACUCCGUCCGAAGUCCCCUCGAGCAAGGCACUUCCUCCAAAUCCCGCUGAAAUGACCGCCGAGGGCCGCAUCGAGAUGCUGGAAGCGAAAAGGAGCGACCUCUUGCGCCGCAGAACCAAUAUCAACACGAUCAUCCAUGAAUUAACUCAAGUCAUUCAACCUAGCUCUGUUGCCUAUGACAUGGCUGCUCGGGAGGAAGUCAAGAAGACGGUUGCCAGUCUCAACAACGAGCUGGCUGAAAUCAAGAGAGAAGAACACGAAAUUGGCCUGAAACUGCUCCGCGCGUGGAAGAAACGUGAGGAAGAAGACUUCUACGGCCAGAGCACCAGCUUGUGGGUUAAAAGGGUCACUAGCUGA